AUGGAGAAUCUAAUUCAUAAUGGUUCAGCACUCAAACUGAAAAGUGAAGCGUCGCCACUUAGCGAAUUUUCGACUCCCACAACGAGCAAUUUUGUUAGUGCUGGGGAAGCAGCGCACAGUGGGAAAGCUGGCCAUAUUUUGCUGGCGGAGCAUGGCGAAAUACGACAUAUGGAUAGUACAGCGCUCAAACUGAAAAGUGAAGCGUCACCACUCAGCGAAUUUUCGACUCCCACAACGAGCAAUUUUAUUAGUGCUGGGGAAGCGGCGAAAGCCGGUCAUAUUUUGCUGGCGGAGCAUGGCGAAAUACGACAUAUGGAUAGUACAGGUGAUGCUGUCGAGAGCACAUAUUUGUAA